UCUGCAGGGGUGCCUGCACCGCGUCUCCCGCUCCACCAGCCCCAGCAGCGCCUGCAUCCCGCUCCCGGUCCUGCCGCGCCGGGAGAAGCCUGACUUUUACGACCCGUGGCGGGACUAGCAUGGGAGAAACCUUCCCUGGGCAUGGGCAGCGCUAAGGAGCCCGAGGGGCUGCGGGUGCUGAGCCGCCAGGCUGGGGUCGAGGACGCCUGCGAGCCCGGUGCCAGCUCCCCUGGCUGCCCAGUGGCAGGCGAGUGCCUGCCCGGCUCCGGCUGUGCUGCGGGAGCCCGUGCCAUGAGGACCUGCUGUGUGGCUGAGGCAGAGUCUCAGGGCACCAAGGCCAACUCGGUGGCAGAGAAGAAGGUGCCAUCACCAGCAGGACCAGCUCCUGGCACGCUUCUCCAGGACACCAGCGCAGAGCAGAGUGUGGCAGUAGCAACAGGGAGCUGCGGAGGACCAAGCGGUGCUGCCUCUGCCUGUGGUCCCACAGGGAUGGGGGUCCCCAACACCCAGAAGGAUGAUGCAGCAGCCCCCACUUCUCCUGUUUCUGAUCCCUGCCUCCAGGCAACCAGCAAGGACAUGGGGAGCACGCCAGCUCCUGCCAAACAUGUGGCAUUCGUGGAGCCCACUGCAAGCACCGGGACAGCUGAGCUUCCAAGCCAGCAGCAGCCCCAGGACAGCAAAGGGGCAUCCCUGGGUGCUGCUCCCCAGACAAAGAGCAAUGAGGCUCCCAAGCACCCCCAGGGAUGCAAAGCAGACCCCCCCAGCACCAGCACUGUGGGGAUUGGGGGUCGAAGUGAGGCAGGACCAAGCUCUACUGCUCUGGGCCAGGGCAAAGCUGAGAGGAGCUCAGUCCAGGAUGUGGGUGCUGGGAGCAGCCAGCAGCCCCAAAAAGCCAAGCAGCUCUGUGAAUCCUACUCCUUUGAAGUGACCCCACCCCAGGACACUGGGACACAAGACAUGGGGACGCAAGUGGACAACCGUGUGUCCUUGGUGUCGGUGGCCUUAAGCCCCAUGAGCCCCCCUUGUGGGGCUGCUGCCUUCACCUUCCCCAAGAGAGAAACAGCCUCUGCAGCCUCACGCUUCGAGCCCUCCAAGAAGGAUGCAGAGAUGCAGGUGUCCAUGCCCGUGGAGACCCGCUCAGUGGCCACUGGGCCGAUGACACCCGUGGCCAAGUCCCCGCAGACCUCAUACCCUGAGGUGCAGGUGAAGGGGACGGUGCCGGAGGUGGUGGAGGAGGAGCCUCCGGAGCCCAUCCGGGAGGUGAGCUGGGAUGAGAAGGGGAUGACGUGGGAGGUGUACGGGGCCUCCAUGGAGGUGGAGGUCCUGGGCAUGGCCAUCCAAAAGCACCUGGAGAAGCAGAUUGAGGAACACGGGCGGCAGGUGGUGGUGACCCCGCAAACCACCCGCAGCGGCUCCGUCAAGGGAGCGCCCCGCAAAGGCGAGGCCAAGAGGCAGCCCAGUGUCUUUCGGGCUCUGCUGCAGAACGUCCGGCGGCCCCGGUGCUGCUCCCGAGCCGGCCCUGCCAUGGAGUGA